AAAUCUUAAAACUUUAUUUCGAUUUUUUUCCCAUUGGAAAAGCGCAAGAAAACAAAUCAUCCAUGAGUGUUUCCUCGUUUCCUUGACACAUGUUUUUCGCAUCAUUCUUCAUUAUUAUUAAAACGAAACUGACCAACCAAGCAAAGCUCUUCUUCCAUUAACAAUCCUCAACUUGCUUCAUCCUCAUUCGCUAUGAUUCCCCUCUUCUCCACUUUCCCAAUUUCUUGAAUUCUCUAAAAAACCCCUCAAAGACAAAGCCUUUUUCGAUUUUUCUUCUUCUUCUUAUAGAUUAAAUCUUCAGAUGUCUAAGAACUCAAACGUUGAAGAAAACGGAGGACCAAAGCCCAUCUGUGAAGCUUUGAAGAGGUUCAAAAGGUCGAGGCUUGUGUUCGAGCCUUCUUUAGGAGUGUUGGUUUUUUUCUUGCUUGGCUUGUGUUUGGUUUGCAGUUUUUUCUACUUUGACUACCGAAGCGUCGCUAAAAGCUAUGGCCUUUCUGAUAAAUCAGACAGAUUCGUUUGGCUCAAACUUGACAACAACAAUAACAACAACAAUAUCACCAGCAACAGUAGUAGUAACAGUUCCAAGAGAGUUGGGUUUCUAGAAGAGAGUGGAGAUGGGUGCGAUGUGUUCGAUGGAGAUUGGGUCUGGGACGAGUCUUAUCCGUUGUAUCAAUCCAAAGAUUGCAGAUUCCUCGAUGAAGGGUUUAGGUGUAGUGACUUUGGAAGGUCUGAUUUGUUCUAUACUCACUGGCGAUGGCAACCUAGACACUGUAAUUUGCCCAGAUUUGAUGCUAAACUGAUGCUAGAGAAACUUCGGAACAAGCGGCUAGUGUUUGUUGGAGAUUCGAUAGGAAGAAACCAGUGGGAGUCUCUUCUUUGUCUACUGUCUUCUGCAGUCAAGAACGAGAGCUUGAUUUAUGAAAUAAAUGGAAGUCCCAUCACAAAGCACAAAGGGUUCUUGGUGUUCAAAUUUGAGGAGUACAAUUGCACAGUGGAAUACUACAGAUCUCCAUUUUUGGUUCCCCAAAGCAGACCACCGAUUGGAACACCAGGGAAGGUUAAGACAACUUUGAAACUAGACACUAUGGAUUGGACUUCUAGCAAAUGGAGAGAUGCAGACAUUCUAGUGCUCAAUACUGGACAUUGGUGGAACGACGGGAAAACUACUAGAACGGGAUGCUACUUUCAAGAAGGAGAAAAAGUGAAACUAAAGAUGAAUGUAGAUGAUGCGUAUAAGCGAGCCCUAAAUACCGUUGUGAAAUGGAUACAAACCGAGGUCGACUCAAACAAAACUCAAGUCUUCUUUCGCACUUUCGCCCCUGUGCAUUUCAGGUUUGUCCGGGGAGGAGAUUGGAAAACAGGAGGAACAUGUCACAUGGAGACACUGCCUGAGAUUGGAGCCUCGUUGGUUUCUUCAGAGACAGGGGAACAGUUAAAGAUCCUGGGAGAUGUGUUGUCACGUUACUCAAACAGAUCAGAGACUGUUAAAAUGAAAGUGUUGAACAUAACGGCAAUGGCUGCUCAAAGAAAAGAUGGUCACCCUUCGCUCUACUAUCUCGGUUCACUUGGUCCUGCACCACUUCAUCGCCAAGACUGUAGCCACUGGUGCCUUCCGGGUGUUCCUGACACGUGGAAUGAGCUCUUCUAUGCGUUGUUUAUGAAACAAGAAGCUUCUUCUUCGCCUAGAAGAGUCGAAGAAGCGACUAGUACAGGAAAUGUUACAUUGUCAUGACGCCAGUCAGAACAAGGCAACAAGCUCUCUUCUGUUCUGCACUAGGCAUUUUUUUUUGAAGAUGCUGAGCUCAAAGGUCAAAGGGUUUGAGAUUUUUUUGAUCAAGUGAUUAGAUUAAUUGGGUGGUUACUUGUAAUUAGGUGGAUAAUCUUUAAUCUAUGGUUGUAAAGAUAAAACAUCUCAAAUUAUUUUCCAAAGUUAAUAUACAAUAUCUAUAGAUUGAGAGACCAAA